ACUAGUAGCCUAUAUGCGAGUAACACUCCAAAAAAGCUCACGGUGCCGUUGCCCAACUCAUAAGCAAAUUGAAUUCCUUUAGAACCUCUGGAAUCUGGAACCUCUCAAUUCUCAUACGCCAUACGCAAAGCUCGAAUUGCAGAAGCUCGUUCCAGGUUAAGAUUUAAGGAAGAUGAUUUUAAGGCAAUUGGAGCGCAUACUUUUGGCACAGACUUUGACCCCCAUUACCAGGAGUUCCAGUCUCCAGAGCAUGAGGUGUUCUUCCAUUACCAUGAUUUUUGCAUCAUCAAGAGGGCCUCAAGCUUUUUCCACAAUGUUUACGAGAUCCUGCAAGAUGGAAUUGGAACCUUUUACAUUCGGGCCUUACAAAAUUGAUUCAAAAGAAGUAUUUUACUCUACCAAUCUGUCUUAUGCCAUGGUGAAUCUGCGCCCCCUUCUUCCUGGACAUGUACUCGUCUGCCCGAGGCGUGAAGUAAAGCGCUUUGCUGAUCUCACUGCUGAUGAGACUUGUGAUAUAUGGCUCACAGCGCAAAAAGUUGGUAGGCAGCUGGAAGACUACCAUAAAGCAUCAUCACUAACUCUUGCAAUCCAAGAUGGGCCUCAGGCAGGACAGACUGUAGCCCAUGUGCACAUUCAUAUACUUCCUCGGAAAACUGGUGACUUUGAGAAGAAUGAUGAGAUCUAUGAUGCGAUAGAUUUGAAGGAGAAGGAAUUAGCACAAAAGCUGGACCUGGACAAGGAAAGGAAGGAUAGAACUCUUGAAGAGAUGAGUCAAGAGGCAUCGGACUACAGGGCUCUGUUCACCUGACUGCUAAAGCUUUGAUGCACAAUUUUUCAAUUGUGCUAUACUUUUUAAGAACACACUUGAUGUGGUCAGAAACUAAGUCUAUGUGCUCAUUGCUGAACAUGCAAUUAUGAUUGACAUAUUAAUGCAAUAUCAGGACUUCUUUACACUAAUAGGAAGUCAAAUGUCGAUACUGUUGAAAUUGUCUCAUGAGUAUAAGAGAGAUUUUUUACA